UAAAGCUGCAGAUGCUCGUAUUCGUUAUUCUUGUGAAGCUAUCGCAAAGUUUCUACUUGUAGAAGGCACAAGUAAUAUUACUUACACUCUGGAUGAAUUUCGAGAAUAUCUCGAAUCGAUCAAGAAUAAAAACUUGCUUUUAAUGAGAGAGGAAAGUGAAUCUAUACUCUCUGAUUUAUAUGUGCUGCAUCGUAAAACUAAAUAUGGAGAGACUCCCACUAGACACUGGACAACGUACGUUGGUGAAGUUAUAAAGAAUUUUGAAGAAUCCCUUGUGAGGAAUAUGAGAGGAACCAUGUUAUCAAUUUUACAAUUUUUUCGUGGAAAACCUUUGCUUCAUGUCGAAGUUGACCUAUCUCCCGAUUAUUUCGUGACGUUCAACCCUGACAUAAAGGAAAUUGAUGCAGCGUUGAAUAGCAUUGUUGCAAUACCUACUCAAUAUAUUUAUUCAACUGACGAAUUUAUAAGGAUUUUGAAAUUCGGAAAGCUCUCAGAAACCAAUGAUAAUUUCGUGCAUUUCAAUGAAGCCGUAGAAGAUUUAGCGAGCCGAGUGAAAAUAGCGAUAACGUCUGGACUAAAAGAUAUCGAGGAGUUUAUAAUAGCAAUUUCAAUUGCAGAGCGUAUUUCAAUAAUUCAUGACACUGUCAAAUCAUUUGCACAUGAAGAACGAGAAGAAUUGGAAUCUGCAAUUCAAUGGUGCGAAGAAAUCCUGGAGAUGGCACAUAAUUUGGAAAAUGCAAUCAGAAUUAACUUCGUGCUGUUGAAUACUCAGAGCCUGAAAAUUCGCGUAUCAACGGAAUGUGAAAAUUUAAAAGACCUGCUUUUUGUUGAAUUGAGUAAAUUUAUUGCCUCCGAGCUUGCGUUGGAGAGAAUACAGACCGACGAUAACACUUGAUCAAUCACG